UUUGGCACCGGAGAAGAACUUUGUUUUGACCUUCCUUGAGUUUAAUUGGACUUCGAGAGGUAAUAAAAGAGAAGAAGAAGAAGAUCGUCGUAAACUCUCACGAUGUCGAUUAGAGGAGGACUCGUCGCUUUCUCGCCGAUUCUGGCGGCGGUGCUGUUCCUGCUGACGGUUAACCACGGCGAAGCCAUAUGGUUGACGAUUCCGCCGACGGGAGGGACUAAGUGCGUCUCGGAGGAGAUACAGAGCAACGUCGUCGUUUUGGCUGAUUACUACGUCGUCGAUGAGCAUGAUCCUGAACACACGGCUACUAUUUCUUCUAAGGUAACAUCUCCUUAUGGGAACAAUCUGCAUCACCAAGACAAUGUGACGCACGGUCAGUUUGCGUUCACAACUCAAGAAACUGGGAACUACUUGGCUUGUUUCUGGGUUGAUUCCAGUCGUCCGCAAGCUAAUCCACUGACUCUUGGGAUUGAUUGGAAGAUUGGUAUCGCAGCUAAAGAUUGGGACUCUGUUGCUAAAAAGGAAAAGAUCGAGGGUGUUGAGCUUCAGUUGAGGAGACUUGAUGGGUUAGUGCAGUCGAUUCGUGAGAACAUCAAUUAUAUAAAAGACAGGGAAGCGGAGAUGAGAGAAGUGAGCGAGACAACCAACUCGAGAGUGGCUUGGUUCAGUAUAAUGUCACUCGGGGUUUGCCUUUGCGUUGCGGGUUCACAGAUAUGGUACCUGAAGCGAUAUUUCCACAAGAAGAAACUCAUCUAAAGACUUGGUCUGAAGGACUUGCUAUAUAGAGUAACACAUCCCCACGCUGAAAAGAGGGGAUAAGCAGAGUCAAUUGGUUUUAAAUGGAAGAACGCAUUUUCAUUUUUUUUCUUCUGUGAAACAUCAUAACGGUAGUUGAGUUUGUUGUGCACAGAUCACUUUGUGUUUUGAUUGAUCUCUGUUGGAGUAGGAAAACGGAUAUAUGUGACAAUGUACCAAAGCAAUUAUCCUAGUAUCCAAAAAUAUGAAACGUUUAUGAA